CGGUUGCCGUAGAUUUUGCAUCACUGGCAGCAUAAGUGGUUGUUUGCGGGCGCGGUUCGGUACCGUACAAGUGAGCAGUGAGGGUACAGUAAGGACUAACAUGUCUGACAAAAGUGAGCUGAAGGCUGAGCUGGAGCGGAAGAAGCAGCGCUUGGCUCAGAUUAGAGAAGAGAAGAAACGAAAAGAAGAAGAAAGGAAAAAGAAGGAAGUCGACCAGAAGAAGGAUGCCCCCCCUGCUCAGGAAGAGUCUGAUUUGGAGAAGAAGAGAAGAGAAGCGGAGGCCUUGUUGCAGAGCAUGGGGAUAACGCCAGAAGCGCCUAUGGUCCCUCCGCCUACGUCCCCUUCUUCUAAAUCCGUGAGCACCCCAAGUGAAGCAGGAAGUCAAGAUUCUGGAGAUGGAGCAGGUGGAGCAAGGACGCUGCAUUGGGACACUGACCCGUCAGUUCUUCAGCUUCACUCUGACUCCGAUCUAGGACGAGGUCCCUUAAAGCUGGGUAUGGCCAAAAUUACUCAAGUGGAUUUUCCUCCUCGAGAGACGGUCACAUACACGAAGGAAACCCAAACUCCCAUCCUGGCCCAGGAAAAUGAAGGUGAUGAAGAUGAAGAAGAAACUGUUGCUCCUAAACCAGCCCCUGUACUUGAGGAGGAUAAACCAGCAACAAAAGAAGCGGUUAAAGAGGUUGUACUUCAUGAACUCACAGAUGAAGAAAAACAGCAGAUUAUUCACACUGAGGAGUUUGCAAGUUUCUUCGACCACAGCACAAGAAUUAUAGAACGUGCCCUAUCUGAACAGAUCAAUAUUUUCUUUGACUAUAGUGGCAGAGAUUUGGAAGAGAAAGAGGGAGAGAUACAAGCAGGGGCAAAGUUGUCUUUUAACAGACAGUUUUUUGAUGAACGUUGGUCAAAACAUCGUGUUGUCAGCUGCCUGGACUGGUCUUCUCAGUAUCCGGAAUUGCUUGUUGCAUCUUAUAACAACAAUGAAGACGCUCCUCAUGAGCCAGAUGGUGUUGCUCUUGUAUGGAACAUGAAAUAUAAGAAAACUACGCCGGAGUAUGUGUUUCACUGCCAGUCUGCUGUGAUGUCUGCUGCUUUUGCAAAAUUUCACCCUAAUCUUGUUGUGGGAGGCACUUAUUCUGGUCAAAUCGUUUUGUGGGACAAUCGCAGCAAUAAGAGAACUCCAGUCCAAAGAACGCCGCUGUCAGCUGCUGCUCACACACAUCCAGUGUACUGUGUAAAUGUGGUAGGAACGCAGAAUGCUCACAAUUUGAUCAGCAUUUCAACAGAUGGCAAGAUAUGUUCCUGGAGUCUUGACAUGCUUUCACAGCCACAGGAUAGCAUGGAGUUAGUUCACAAGCAAUCCAAGGCUGUAGCUGUCACCUGUAUGUCCUUCCCUGUGGGAGAUGUCAACAACUUUGUUGUGGGAAGCGAAGAAGGCUCUGUAUACACAGCAUGCCGCCAUGGCAGCAAAGCGGGCAUAAGUGAGAUGUUUGAGGGCCAUCAAGGACCAAUCACAGGAAUUCACUGCCAUUCUGCUGUGGGGGCAGUUGACUUUUCACAUCUGUUUGUCACUUCAUCAUUUGAUUGGACGGUAAAAUUGUGGACUACAAAGAAUAACAAGCCUUUAUAUUCGUUUGAAGACAACGCAGACUAUGUUUAUGAUGUAAUGUGGUCUCCAAAUCAUCCUGCUGUCUUUGCUUGUGUAGAUGGAGUUGGAAGGCUCGAUUUGUGGAAUCUUAAUAAUGACACUGAGCAAAUUGCCGUACCGCGCAGUGAUGAAUGGACUCGUUUUGCUAGAACUCUUGCAGAUAUCAAUGCCAACAGAGCUGAUGCAGAGGAAGAAGCCGCAAAUCGUAUACCUGGUUAAAAGCGUUUCAUGUGUGCAGAACCAAAGAACUUUGUAUUAACAUAACGUACCCUCCAGAAUGCUAGCAUGUUUCUGUUCAAAAGCUCAUUGCAGAACAAAUAUGUGGAUAGGAUCUGUGGACUCUUGUGAUCUAUAAACCUCAUUGCAAACCA